CUUUAUCAAUCCUCUAAAUAGUUUUCAACAGUGCAAGGUUUUGUGUUCCUCUCUUGAAAAUAUAGUCUCUGAAGUGUUAACGAGCUCUAUAUGACUGUUUGCAGAGUUCAGGCAGCAAUGUAAAUGAGCUGGAGAAUAUAAGCAAUGAUAGGACUGAGUCAAUAGUUCAAGAACGUGAAGGUUCUGACAACUAAGCAAACUGCUUCUUCAAUUUGGUUCGAUAACUGUAGAUAAAUUGUGAUAAAAUAUCUUUUAUUUGAUCAAUCAUUACAUUAUUGUAGAGAAUCCUCAGCCAAGAGAUUGGUAGCUAGAUAGAUAAGGUUGACUUGGAGUCAACUUCUUCCUUAUAGCUUUCUUCAUUUAAUAUAGUAAACGUUUUUAACUCAUUUUUUUCCAGAGAAUCUGUACCCUUGGCGUUCUUGUACUGGUUCAUCGUAGAUGAUUCUCGACGACUAGUUGUUAUGGCUGAAGCAUUUGUGUCGUUUGGACUUGAGAAGCUUUGGGAUCUCCUGAGUCGAGAAUCAGAGCGAUUGCAGGGAAUUGAUGGGCAACUUGAUGGACUAAAGCGUCAGCUGAGAAGUUUACAGUCGUUGUUGAAAGAUGCAGAUGCCAAGAAACAUGGAAGUGAUAGGGUGAGGAAUUUCUUGGAAGAUGUCAAAGACCUUGUUUUUGAUGCUGAGGAUAUAAUUGAAUCCUAUGUUCUGAACAAACUUAGUGGAAAAGGAAAAGGGGUCAAGAAGCAUGUGAGACGACUUGCUUGCUUCUUGACGGAUCGCCACAAGGUUGCUUCAGAUAUCGAGGGUAUCACUAAGAGGAUCUCUGAAGUGAUUGGGGAAAUGCAGAGUUUUGGGAUACAACAAAUCAUUGAUGGUGGUCGUUCGCUGUCUCUUCAGGAAAGACAAAGGGUGCAGAGGGAGAUCCGACAAACGUAUCCUGACAGUUCUGAAAGCGAUCUUGUCGGGGUGGAGCAGAGUGUUAAAGAAUUGGUUGGUCAUUUGGUGGAGAAUGAUGUUCAUCAAGUGGUUUCUAUAGCUGGGAUGGGCGGUAUUGGUAAAACCACUCUGGCUAGACAAGUCUUUCAUCAUGACUUAGUCCGGCGUCACUUUGAUGGAUUCGCAUGGGUCUGUGUUUCCCAACAAUUUACACAGAAACAUGUUUGGCAGAGGAUCUUGCAAGAACUUCAGCCACAUGAUGGGGAUAUUUUACAGAUGGACGAAUAUGCACUUCAGCGUAAACUCUUUCAAUUGUUAGAGGCCGGUAGAUAUUUAGUUGUCCUCGAUGAUGUAUGGAAAAAAGAAGACUGGGAUGUAAUAAAAGCAGUGUUUCCACGGAAAAGAGGUUGGAAGAUGCUGCUUACUUCUCGAAAUGAAGGUGUUGGGAUACAUGCUGAUCCAACAUGUUUAACUUUUAGAGCAAGCAUCCUUAACCCUGAAGAAAGUUGGAAGCUCUGUGAGAGAAUAGUAUUCCCUAGGAGAGAUGAAACUGAAGUAAGGCUUGAUGAAGAAAUGGAAGCCAUGGGAAAGGAAAUGGUCACACAUUGUGGAGGACUACCAUUAGCUGUUAAAGCGUUGGGAGGCUUGUUAGCUAAUAAACAUACUGUUCCUGAGUGGAAAAGAGUUUUUGACAAUAUUGGAUCUCAAAUAGUAGGAGGAUCGUGGUUAGAUGACAACAGUCUCAAUUCGGUUUACCGAAUAUUGUCUCUGAGUUAUGAAGAUUUGCCAACGCAUUUAAAGCAUUGCUUCCUUAACCUAGCCCAUUUCCCCGAAGAUUCCGAGAUAUCUACGUAUAGUUUGUUCUAUUACUGGGCUGCAGAAGGGAUUUACGAUGGAUCAACCAUCGAAGAUAGUGGAGAAUACUACCUAGAAGAGCUAGUGAGGAGAAAUUUGGUUAUUGCAGACGACAACUAUUUGAGUUGGCAAUCUAAAUAUUGUCAAAUGCAUGACAUGAUGAGAGAAGUAUGUUUAUCUAAAGCCAAAGAAGAGAACUUCCUACAAAUUAUCAUAGACCCUACUUGCACCUCUACCAUCAAUGCUCAAUCUCCUAGUAGAUCUCGCAGACUCAGCAUACAUAGUGGUAAAGCCUUUCAUAUAUUGGGACACAAAAACAAGACAAAGGUGAGAUCUCUUAUAGUUCCGAGAUUCGAGGAAGACUAUUGGAUACGAUCAGCUUCAGUCUUCCACAACUUAACAUUGCUCAGGGUGUUGGAUCUUUCUUGGGUAAAGUUUGAAGGAGGGAAGUUACCUUGUAGCAUUGGAGGGCUCAUCCACUUGAGAUACUUGAGUUUAUACGAGGCUAAGGUAUCUCAUCUACCUUCUACUAUGCGGAACCUAAAGCUUCUGCUCUAUUUGAACUUACGUGUUGAUACCGAGGAACCGAUUCACGUGCCAAAUGUUUUGAAAGAGAUGAUACAGUUGAGGUACCUUUCCCUACCUCUUAAAAUGGAUGAUAAAACCAAGUUGGAAUUGGGUGAUCUAGUGAACCUGGAGUACUUGUAUGGUUUCUCAACGCAACACAGUAGUGUGACAGACCUCCUCCGUAUGACUAAGCUCCGGUAUCUCGCUGUAUCUUUGAGCGAAAGGUGCAAUUUUGAAACUCUAUCGUCAUCUCUCCGCGAAUUGCGAAACCUCGAGACGCUUAAUUUCCUUUUUUCGCUCGAAACAUAUAUGGUUGAUUAUAUGGGAGAGUUUGUUCUGGAUCAUUUUAUUCAUCUAAAACAGUUGGGAUUGGCAGUACGUAUGUCAAAGAUUCCUGAUCAACAUCAAUUCCCUCCCCACCUUGUACACUUAUUUCUAAUUUAUUGCGGCAUGGAAGAGGAUCCAAUGCCAAUUCUAGAAAAGUUGCUUCAUUUGAAGUCGGUUCGUUUAGCACGUAAGGCAUUCCUAGGGAGCAGAAUGGUGUGCUCAAAAGGCGGAUUUCCUCAAUUAUGUGUUAUAGAAAUAUCUAAAGAAUCAGAGUUGGAAGAGUGGAUAGUAGAAGAAGGGUCGAUGCCAUGUCUUCGUACUUUGACUAUAGAUGAUUGCAAAAAGUUGAAGGAACUUCCAGAUGGACUCAAGUACAUAACAUCCUUAAAGGAACUGAAGAUUGAAGGAAUGAAGAGGGAGUGGAAGGAGAAACUGGUACCAGGUGGAGAAGAUUACUACAAAGUCCAACACAUUCCCGAUGUUCAAUUUAUCAACUGUGACCAGUAGCAGAUGCAGGAAAGACCAAGAAGCGAGCCAAAUUCUCUUAUAUUGGGAGAUAUAGACGCUGCUUCAACAGAGUCAUCUGCUGAUCAACAGGUUUUUCCGAAGAAUAUCUGGUAUUGCUUAUGAAGAAUACAGAUUCUCAAGUAUUAACGAUUAUGUUUCCAGUCUUGGAGCUCUCGCUUUUUCAGUGCAUCGUUAUGUUGUGCGGCUCAGAACUAUAUUAUAGAAACAAUGCUUAUAUUGUUGUUUGUUUUUGAUGUGGAUGCAUGGAACAUGCUUGAGAACUCUUUUACAAAAUGGAGAAACGAAACUUGUAAAAUUUGGAUAUUUUAUGUUUGUUGUAAAAUUUGGAUAUUUUGUGUUUGUGUAAAAUUUGGAUAUUAUAUGUUUUGCUUUCUCGUUUGUGAUUUAACACAGUUCGUUUUGUAAGCUUUAUUUACAGUUUACACCAUCAAAUCU